AUGAUGAAGAUUAAUAGGCAUUAUACAAAACUCCUCAGUUCAAUUCUACUAUCCUUAUUUAUCAUAUUUGCAUACUCCACCAUCCAUAAUAGGAUUGUUCAGUCGCAUACUCUCCCCACACAAUCCGAGCUACUCCAUCAACACAUUGAUUUACAACGAAUAACUCUCUCAGAUAACUACAUUGUCACUGAUUUGCAAUUGUUCAAAUGCAGAAGAUACCAGACACAGGUGAAUUGUGAUAAGGAUAUCCCUCCAGGAUUCGUUAAGCUCACUCCACCAUUGAAUCGCCAUAUCGAAGAAGAGAAAUGGAUUUACGAUUUUGACUAUUACCUCAUUGUCAAGAUGUCCAAAUUUGAAGAAACAACGAGGUAUAUCGCAGAUAUCUCUCUUGAGGCACGUCCGGGCUACGAAGUUGUUGAAAGUAAAGGGAUGGGUAAAGCAAAGACCAAGGGAGGUAAAAAGAACAAUGACAAUGAUGAUGGUGGUAGUAAUGAGAUUUACAGAUUUUACAAAAAGAUGGCUAUUACAAACACUGAAAACCCAAUUAAACAAGACCAGCCCGUGGUUAGAGCAGUUGAUAUACUAUUUGGAAGCAAUGACCUUGUUGACUCGAGACAGUUUCAUCAAACACUACACUUGUCCAAGAAAGAAAGGAUCCACCCUAUUUUGUCUGUUGCCAAAUUAAGUAAUGCUGAUGUAAUUGAUCUUAUCAAGGAACAAAAGGAAAAAGAAGAAGCACAAUCAGAUUCAGCGGGACAACAACUUUAUACUGAUCAGACCAAAUUUAAGAUUAUGCAACUCUCGGAUUUGCAUUUUGGACAAGAUUUGGGUAAAUGUAACUCUCUUGGUGAAGAUUGCAAAUCUAGUGAUUUAAAGACUUUGAAGUUUGUUGAAGCCUCACUUAAACAAGAGCAACCAGAUAUCGUUGUUAUUACUGGUGACUUGUUUGACCCAAAAAGGUCAUUGGAUUACAAGUCGGUUAUCUUGAAAAGUUUGCAACCCAUUUUUGCUGCAAAGGUCAAAUUUGUUUACACGUUUGGAGAUGAGAUUGUGGAUGCAGAAGAAAAGGAGUCGAUUUUAGAGUUUUUUGCAAGUUUACCAGGAUGCUUAAACACUGUACCCAAGGAUGAUGUGAAAAGAACUGUUUCCGGUUUAACCAAUUAUGAUUUUAAGAUUACCAAUGAACAAGAAUACGGCCAGAGUGUUGAACUUACAGUGCUUGACUCACAAAAUAAGCAGAUUGAUAAUACGCAAAUCAAUUAUCUUUAUAGGUUAAAGAACUACCACCACGAGGAAAGCAGCGAUGGUGUGCCACCAGCUUACAAGUUGAUGUUUUUCCAUUAUCCAAUUCCACAGUUUCGACCAGUUGGUGUUUUUAAGAUUAUUGGUACUUAUAAUGAGAAGCAUCCUUUGGAAACGAAUACCAAUACCAAAUUCCAUGAUGAUAUUUUGAAUUGUGGAUACCAUGUUGUUUCUGUUGGCCACGAGCAUGAGAAUGAUGCAUGUAUAUUGUCCGAAGUGCCCAAAAAGAGUGGGCAAGGCUUGGUUGCAGGAGAAGAUAAUGAUCCUGGAAAGAGCAUAUGGCUUUGCUACAAUGCCAUUACUGGUGAUUCUGGUACUACAAUGCUCGAUGAGCGUUAUGUACGAAAGUUGAGGUUGUUUGAAGUUGACUUUAAGGCAAAGAGAGUGCUCAGCUGGAAGAGGAAGGAGGAUGAUAAAUCGCCAUUUGACUAUCAAUUGAUUUAUGAGAUUAAGGAUGACGAGCCAUUAUUUGUUGAUGAUCAAAAUACUCCCGAGGCUGAGCAAAAAUCUGAGAAUACUGACAAUACUGAAGGCUCCAAAGAUGCUGAGGAAAUUCCAAAAAAUGUUGAUGACAAGAGUCAAAAUGAAGCCAAUAAUGACAAUGCCGGCCAAGUCUCGGACCAAGUCUCGGACCAAGUCUCUGAUCAAGUCUCUGAUCAAGGAGAGCAAGAAAACGAGGAAAAGAAUGUUGAAGAAACAAAUGAUCAAAAUAAUGCAAUUGCAGCUGAUGGAGCUACUAAGAAGAACAAGCAGAUCAAGCCUAAAAAACAGAAUGUUGAUGAUCGGAAUAUUGUAAAAGAUAUAACCCUAUUUACCGGUGCUAAAAAAAUUUAA